AUGGACUCUACCCGCCACAUAGCCUUACUGACUACCUACUUUCUCAUUGUGUGCUCCCCCCUAACGAAUUUUUCACAACACUUUUGGCAAAAGCCACCUCACUGUGCAGCGCAUAGAUGCAUCUUUGGCAAGCCGCCCACAAUCGAAGAGCUGCUAGACCCUGUUGAAGAGAAGGAAGUUGGUGAUGACGAGUUUCUAGGUGGAGACAAAGAGAUUGCAGAUGCAGUUCAAAGGCAGAUAGCUAUUGAGAAUGGAGAUAUCAUUGAGGUUGAUUCAGAUGAUGAGGAUGGCAAAGAAGAUGAAAACACAACUCUGGACUACACCUUUGCACAAGUUUUCAUGCUGGGUCAGCAACUCAAAGAUGCUUGCCUUCAAUUUGGAGAACUUGGGCAGUCAUUUGAUCUGUCAAAGUGGCUGCAGGCAUUUAGGGCUUCUAAAUCACACACUGACAUUCACAGAAUUUCAUACCAAGUGCACUCAGUAACGACGGCACAGAAGGAGACCGACAUAGAGAGACGACAGGAUGACGAGGAAACAUCAUGUGGCAGAGUGAAGAGGCGGUUGGGCUGGAAGCCGCGGGUCCAGAAGAGCGGAAAUAUAUAUAGGAGGUUGGGGUGUGAACUUGCGCUUGCUUAUGAUACGAAGUGGAGGGCAUGA